AUGAAGCUCAACCUCGCGAAUCCCCAGGCGGGGAUGCAGAAGACCGUCGAAGUCGACGACGAGAAGAAGUUGCUGCCGUUCUUCGAAAAGCGCAUGGGUGCUGAAGUUGCUGGUGACAGCAUCGGUGAUGAGUUCAAGGGCUACAUCUUCCGCAUCUCGGGAGGCAAUGACAAGCAAGGAUUUCCCAUGAUGCAGGGUGUCUUGGCGAACCACCGCGUUCGCCUCCUUUUCCGGAAAGGGAUGAAGUGCUACAGACAGCGUCGUACAGGUGAGAAGAAGCGCAAGAGCGUGAGGGGCGCCAUCGUUGGUCCUGAUCUUGCUGUCCUGAACCUCGUGUUGGUGAAGAAGGGUCCUGAAACCAUCCCUGGCCUGACCGACGCCGAGCGCCCUCGACGCUUGGGACCGAAGCGCGCAAACCACAUUCGCAAGCUGUUUAACUUGUCCAAGGACCAAGAUGUGAGAAAAUACGUCGUUCGUCGACAGAUUGAGGGAAAGAAGAAGACAAAGGCACCCAAGAUUCAGCGCCUGAUCACGAAGACUCGCCUGCAGCGCAAGAGGGCGUACCUGUCCAAGCAGCGUCGUAGUGUCAUCAAGAGCCGUGAGGAGGCGAAGGCAUACAAGGAGGUGCUGACUGCCUACAAGCACGACCAAAAGAAGAAGCGUGCUGAUGUUGUUGCGAAGAAGAAGGCGCAGGCUGCGGUAGCUGCUGCACCCAAGGUCGCGGACGCGAAGAAAACCGCUGCUGGCAAGAAGGGUGGCAAGUAA